UUUAAUUUCGGUGGCGGGCUGCUCGGACUGCCAUUUGAGACAAAAGCGAACUGAAGAAGUGGAGAAAGAAGGAAAACUGAAAAGGAAGAUAAUCGAUAAAAAGAAGCCUCCAUCCUAGUUCACAUGGCAGUGCCGGGAGAUGUCUAAUGGCCUUCAGGUAAGGGCUGUCUAUGUGAAAACUACAUCUUAAAAGACAGCAGCAGACACUUGUGGGUAGAGAAGAGUUUCACAUAGAACAUGGAGUUAGCCAAAGAGGAGAGCAUUGGUGAAAGACUGGAGCUCAUUAAACAAGAAGACUGUGAUUGCAGUGCACUGGAAUAUUUGUGUGGGAAGGUGGAGGAUUGUGAAAGAAGAAUUUCAGUUUUUAAAGAGGAGGCGUACAAGGAGAAGAUUAUUGAAAUUAAAGUUGAGAAAUCAGAUGAUGUGUCAGUUAGUCUUGAACUGCAAAAGCACAAAACUGGGAAUAUAUCUAAGGAAGAUGUUUGUGAAGAAUCUCAUUGCCGUUCACAGCCUUCAUUCACUAAUAUGGGACAACUGACCACCCAGCAGAAUUUUGUGGAGUUGAAAUCUGAGCUAAGUGAGUGUGAAGAGAAAAUCGGUGAAGGAAUUGGGAAAGGAGCAGAUGAACAGAAUUCACCUAGGAGUAUGGGAAGAAAUUUAUGUGUGAAUGUCAGCUUCUCUCCAUGUUCAACUGCUCAGCCCCUUCUUGACUGCAGACUGGAACAGAAGCAAGACAAAGAGAAGAUGAAGAAAUUGGAGAAUUUGGCAACGGCCUCUUUCCAGUGUAGUUCUCUUUUUGUAAGAGAAGCUGACACAUCUGACCAAGAACAAGCACAUAACACAGAUCAAGAGGCUUUGUGCAGUGGUCAAGCAUGUGGAGAAAAUUUUAAAAACAAGUCUGAAUGUAAAGAUAAGUCCAUUCAUUCAAAACCAAAGCCAUAUUGUUGUUAUGGAUGUGGCAAAAGUUUUCCCUCUAACUACAAUCUUCAAAUGCACAUAAGAAUUCAUACUGGAGAAAAGCCACAUUCGUGCUCGUAUUGUGGCAAAAGGUUUAGCCAACUUAGCAAUCUUCAUACUCACACAAAAAAUCAUACUGGAGAAAAGCCGUAUUGCUGUUCUGAAUGUGGCAAAACAUUUAUCCAUGCUUCAGAUCUUCAGCGUCACGCAAGAAUUCAUACUGGAGAGAAGCCAUAUUGCUGUUCUGAAUGUGGCAAAAGUUUCCUCUUUAACUACAAGCUUCAAAGGCACAUAAGAAUUCAUAAUGGAGACAAGACAUAUUGCUGCUCGAAAUGUGGCAACAUAUUUAGCCAGUUUAGCAAUCUCAGGAGUCACCCGUGUGUUCCUACUGGAGAAAAGCCAUAUUGCUGUUCUCAGUGUGGCAAAAGAUUCAGCCAGAAUAGGAGUCUUCGGAAUCACAUAAGAAUUCAUAAUGGAGAAAAGCCGUAUUGCUGUUCUGAAUGCGGCAAAAGAUUUAGCCAGGCUACAAGUUUUCAAAAUCACACAAGAAUUCAUACUGGAGAAAAGCCAUAUUGCUGUUCUGUAUGUGGCAAACGAUUUGUGCAGAGUAGCAGUCUUAAGAGUCACACAAGAAUCCAUCAUGGAGAAAGGCCCUGAAGGAGUAUGUUAGAGGGGUGAAGAAGCAGAAAGAAUGGAAGAAAAAGUCAAAAGGUCACCUUUCCAGUUACUCAAGUGUUGAUGAGUACUUUCAAGAGGUGGCCUUCUUUGUAAAGAAGUGGUCACUUGAAGAUAAAGAUGAGUUUGUGUACUGUGACUUUUAUGCAACAAAUCCCAAAUUUCUGACUAAAAGAUAUGUAAAGAGGGCUUUGUACAAAACCAGAAUCCUGGAAAGUAGUAUCAGUGUCUAAAUUAAAUAAGAAAACUGAUGCAAACCUAAGAUUACUAAUCUGCAUGAUUAAAGAGAGAGAGCCAAUAAGACAAGAGAGAUUAGAAUACUUAUUAGAGCAGAUAAAGUAGAAGUUAUACAGGAAUAAAGGCAAGACCUCAGGGUUAUGAGAAUAGAACGGGCAAUGACCUGGGAGGAAGAGAAAAGGAGAGAUCUCUUAUGGUGUGGUAUCUACAGAAAUAUAACAAAGUAUCAGCCACCAAACUUGGUAAAAAAGAGGAAACACUCUGAACUAAACAUCCAAAUAUGAACAGCAACACAAACAGAAUGCUUACUACUCAGAAAUUCAAUAUAUUUAAAAGUAGCCAAUUCUCAAACAAAGAUAUGCAAAUAAUAAAGAAAGUAGUUUUAAAAGAAUUAAUAAUGGAGGGGCAACAGUCUGAAAGUGACAACAAGAACCCAUGUGCCACAGAAACUGACAAGGACCCCGAGAGAAGUUGACUCCAAAUAUUCAAGAUGCAGAACAGCCAGAAAUAGAAAAAAACUACAAAAACACCAACAAAAAAAUCAACAGAAUACCAAAAAGAAUAAGACAUCUGAAGAGCAUACCCUGAAAGAAUCAGAAAAGGUACCAUCAAUAGAGGAAUAAAGAAAUUAAGGAAAUCAAGGAAGAGCUGCUAGACUUUGUUGAUGUGGAUAUCUAGAGAAGAGAGAGGUGACCAAGAAUAUCAGUAAACACCACACGCAGUGUUAGAGCUGAGGUCAAAUACUAUGGAAAAAAAACUCAUCAGCCUAAAACUAGCAGAGCAGAAGAAUAUUAGGAUAAGGAAAAUCGGCAAAACUCCAUUCCUCCAUGGAUGAAACAAACUGAUUGAAAAAUAAACAGAGGGGUUUAUUUAACCAAAGCCGACAUGGAAGGGGUGAUGUCCUAACUAAAAUAGACAGCUGAAACUACGGUACUGUAUAUCAACACGGGGACUUGAACUUCACAAUAGCCAACAACAAACUCAAAAUCCUGGCAGAAAUUCAGAAACUAAGAAGGUGCGAACAAAAGCAAAAUGAAAAUAGCAAAACAGAUUAUUCAGGGACGUUGCAAAAAUGUUUUGUAGAGCGUUAGGUGGACACAGUGGAAGUAACUACACCACCAGAGCAAAAAAGACAUUAAAACAUUCUGGAGAAACGUAUGUAAGAAUGGCCAAGAGCACAAUCAAGAAAGAGGCCUGAGUAGCUGCUGAGGAAAUGGUAAACGCACUUAAAUUUGCUGCUAAUUGGAAGACACUCGUCCCUAAUGCCUCAUCAAACUUUUUGGGCUCAAACAACUGACAGCGCUGCAGCAAGAUAUGACUAAAUAUAAAAACUCAUCAAUGCAGGAGCCACAGAGGAUACCACAGUGCCUCACUACUGGAACAACACUUUUAAUUUCAAAAUUGGGCCCAACCAAUGAAACAAAAAACUACCGCCCUAUACCCUGCCUAUCCACAGUUUAAAACUCUUCGAAACAAUUGAUGAUAAGAGAAUUUAUAGUCACCAGGAAGACAACACCGUAAUGGCAGCAGAAGAAAAAGGAAACAAACGAUCCUAUAGAACAAAAGACCAGCUAUUGAAGAAAGCUGUAAAGGAGUUCAGCACAAAGGGCAGAAGCCUGAGUGUUCCUUUGGUGGAUUACAAGAAAGCUUUUGACAGUGUGCCACAAUCGUGGAUACUCAGAUGUUUGGAAAUGCACAAAAUCCAACCUGUUCUCAUCAUAUUCAUUUCCACCACCGUGAACCACUGGCAGACACACUUGCAGCUCCACCAAAACAAAGGAAAAAUGACAAUUCCAAAUAUACCAACCAAAAAAGGAAUUUGCCAGGGAGACUCGCUUUCACCACUGCCGUUGUGCCUAGCAUUAAAUCCAUGAAACACCCUUCUCAAUAUCCUUUGUCAUGGAUUCAACAUCGGCACCCAGAACCAGCCAGACCCCUGAUUGUCACACGUCUUCUGUUUUUAGAUGUUUUGGGAGUAAAUGAAGUUGCAGAAAUCAAUCGCAAAGAUUUACAGAGGAAAAUUGCAAAAGAAUGCAUCUGCCGAACAAGGGUGGUACUCAAACCUUCCCAUAUGGCUCACAAUAAAAUCCAGGCUGUAAACCAACUAGCCAUCCCCAUCCUCUUACAGCUUUAGUAUCGUAGGCUGGCCUCAAAAUGACUUACAUAACCUGGACAUACACGUGAAGUGUAUAAUUAGGGUAAACCUACUAAGACUGAAUUUAAAUCGGUGUGUCUUCCUUGUGGACGUGCGCGGAUGUUGUUAGUUUGGCUGGUGUUUGUAUUGCAGUUCUUUUUCAGUUCGUGUUUUUUUGCAUUGUUGAAAGUAAAGUAUUUCACAUU